AUGGUCUCUGGGGGUAGUCCUGCACCCGGGAAUGGUAUCACCGGCGGUUAUACAGGCAACGACAUUGGCUUCAAGAUCGCCAUUGCGACGCUCGCCGCCGUAACCUGGUACAAUGCUAUCGAACUGAUUAUCCUCGUCUUCGUCACGUUCAGCCAAUACCACGGCCUUUACUUCUGGAGUUUGUUCAUCGCUUCCUCUGUCGGUCUUGUGCCCUAUCAGGUCGGCUUUCUGCUAAAGUUCUUCAACUUGACCGACCAAACAUGGCUAUCCGUCACUUUUAUCACCAUCGGUUGGUGGGCAAUGGUCACCGGUCAAUCUCUGGUCCUCUACUCGCGACUCCAUCUGGUACUGGCCAACCAACGCAUCCUCCGCCGUGUACUCGCUAUGAUUAUUGUGGAUGCUAUCAUCCUGCACCUCCCCACCACCGUCUUUACCUAUGGAUCCAACCUGGCUAGCGGCCGGGUCGCCUACAUCAACGGCUACAACGUCAUGGAGAAGAUCCAGAUGACCGGGUUUUGCAUCCAGGAAUUCAUCAUCUCCGGCUUGUACAUCUGGGAAACUAUUCGCAUGCUCCGUCUGGAUCCCGACAGAGGCAAACGCAAGAUCAUGUACCAGCUGGUCGCCAUCAACCUGGUCAGUAUCCUGAUGGACAUCGGCCUACUGGUGAUUGAGUAUAAGGACAUGUACAUCAUGGAGACGAUGAUCAAAGGCGUCAUAUAUAGUAUCAAACUGAAACUGGAAUUCGCCGUGCUGGGCAAGUUGGUGCAUCUCGUCCGCAGUCAUGUCUGGAAGACAGAGUCGGUCAGCCGCCGCACGCCGGAAUUCCCCGAUUUUGUGGACGCAACCCGGGUCACUUCCGAUCUCACACAUGCCGUGCCAACCAACCGCCACCGUUCACACCCCUGGAUGGACACGGACGACGUUUCGAUUGCCAUGUUCGAGCAUUCGGGGCAUUCCCGGGAUCAAGAGACCGGCCACUCGGAAGUUUCUCACUCCUGGAGCGGCGAAACUCAUACAAAUCAUCCAUAUCCCGAUCGAGAAUUGAGUCCGGUGGACUUUACCUCGCUACAUCAACAGAAAAGCCUUCCAUCGAGACAAUCAUCAGAUAGCCCAGGAUGA